AAAACGCCGGUUUUAGGUAAUACAAUAAAAUAGUGAACGUCCUAUGAAUGAUUUAUAGUUUUGAGUUUUUGGUUGUAGGUUUUUUAAUUAAUUAUAUUAUAUCAUUUUGAUUUUUGACUCAUUUUUCUUAUUAAAUAGUAAAUACACUUUUUAAUGGUUGAUGUAAGUAAAGAAGAAAAUGAGACAACUAAACUACCAAUGGUCGCUAAAACAUCAAGUGAUACUAUAGCAUCAGCCGCGUUUUUAACGUGUGUUGCGGCUGGUGCAGGUAUAUUUGCGUUUGCGUCAACUCUAGCAUCAGCUAGAAAAACAGAUCCCACCAUGUUUUCCAAAGGACAAGCUCCUUUGCAACCCGCUACUGAAUCAGGUGUACAGCUGGCUAUUAGAGCACUGAAAUGGGGAACAUUCUAUGCUGUUGGCGGCUGUGGACUAUUUUUUUACGGUGUUUGGAAAAUGACCGGUGCUAAUGAUAUGCACGAGUUUAGAUUGAAAAUAGGUUCAUUUCUUCCAAGGCUUACUCCUACUGUUCACAAUUCACGUACAGAAUUUGAAGGACUGACAGAUUUAAUGACAUAUUUGGCUACAGACUACUCAGGACAAACUUCAAAAACUGAAACUACUAAUGACUUAAAUAAUAAGUCUAAAAAUGAAGUACCCAAAAAUUGAUAGAAACAUUGUAAUGUAUAUUACAUUUAUUAAAUAGUUGUUUAAAUAAAAUAAACAAACAAUGA